AUGGUUACUGAGCGAGGCAUAGAGGUUGACCUAGAUAAAAUCAAAGUCAUACUUGACAUGCCUGUGCCAAGGACUGAGAAAGAGGUCAGAGAGUUCGAUAUCCAGUAUGUUUCUCUGAAGUUUAUCAAGGGAAGUAUUGUUGCCGAUCACUUAGCCUUACUACCGACAUCUAAGGAAAGACCAAUUGAUGAUGAUUUUCCAGAUGAGGAGUUUGUUGCUAUGACUAGCUUAUCAGGAUGGUGCAUGUACUUCGAUGGUGCGGCCAAUCAGUCAAGGUAUGGGAUAGGUGUUCUGUUGGUAUCCCCUCAGAGUGAUCAUAUUCCGAGAGCGCAGAACCGGUUUGCUAAUGCCUUGGCUACCCUAGCUUUUUCUGUGGACAUUCCGAUUGAUGUAGUUGUACGUCCAUUGCUGAUUGAGUUGAGAUCUGGCACAUUCCCUAAGGUAGCCACUACCAAGGAUCGGAGAGCACUGAGGCAUUUGGCCACUAGAUUUAUGAUUUGUGGAGAUACCUUAUACAGGCGAUCAGCUGAUGAAGAAAAAAUGGGAUUUGGAAAGGCUACAUCGAGCUCAAAGGCCAUGAAAAUCAUUGACACUGAAAAGAAGAUCUCUGUUCUCAUUGUAGAGGAUGAUCCUCUUAUUCAAAAAAUCCAUAAAGUGAUGAUGACUAAAUUUGGAACUGAAGUCCAGGUUGUGGCAAAUGGUAAAGAAGCCGUUGACCUGUACCGCUCAGGCGCAUCUUUUGAUCUCAUCCUUAUGGAUUUCGAAAUGCCUAUUAUGGAUGGAUUUGAAGCAACCAAGGAGCUCCGCUCAAUGGGUGUUACGGGCAUGAUUGUAGGAGUGACAUCUCGUAGCCAAGACUCAGAGAUACAAGCUUUCAUGAAGUCUGGUCUAAAUGCUUGCUAUGUGAAGCCCCUCAAUGCCGAAAAGGUCACUGCUGUGCUCAAUGAGCUUAAGAACAACUGA